UGAGCUGAUGCUCCUAUCAGAGGGAGGUAGGGGGGGAUUACAGUGCCGCCCCUCCUAGUAUCAAUUAGCAGAGAGGCAGAGUGGAUAACCCUGAGCGUUACAUCAGCACCUUGGAGAGUUCCCGUUAGUAGAACCUUGGAGAGCUCCAUCUCAGCGCUGCACAGGCCCCGCCUCCUGAAUAGAAUUCUACUCAGCCUGACGGAAGGCGCAGGGCACAAAAUAUAAAUGAAGUUGGAAGCUGCAACAACUCACAGGACUUUAGAUCCAGCUGCCAUACAGAUAUAUGGAGUCCACAGCACUACCUCUCCUCAUGUACCUUAUCCUCUCAUUGUAACAGCUGCUGAUGCCACAAUGCUGAAGGCUGUAGCUAAUGAAUGUAUUAUUUCCUAAGUGGAUACAAAGACAGUGGAAGCAACAGAUCGAUGCCUCAUUGAGAAUCUUCUACAUUGCCGUGCGAUUUUGUCGGCAGUAAAAGAAAAUGCGUUUAUGGCAUGGGACCAUUAGCUCAAUGAAGAGCUGAGUUUUUUUUUUAUAACAUGGGAUGGAUGUCAGUUGCAAUCUCAGUUAUUGCUCCAUAGCAGCCAGUAUGCAAGAAGCAGAGCAGAGCGACCUGCUUGGGAUGUUUCCACUCUUCCUGGAGGAGCGACUGUUGAACAGGAGCAACGAGUCGCUACAGGACUUUAUUAAAGGGUUCAACCUGGACAAAUCGGAUAUAAUAGGGGACAGCUCGGCUAUAGUGAGGAUCAUUAUCUCGAUUGUAUACUCCGUGGUGUGUGCAUUGGGACUAGUGGGCAAUGUGCUUGUCUUAUACCUCAUGAAAACCAAGCAAGGAUGGAAGAAGUCAUCAAUAAACCUCUUUGUGACCAGCUUGGCCAUCACGGACUUUCAGUUUGUAUUGACUUUGCCUUUCUGGGCGGUGGAGAAUGCGUUGGACUUCAGUUGGCUUUUUGGCAAAGCCAUGUGCAAAAUCGUGUCGUAUGUGACCGCCAUGAACAUGUAUGCCAGUGUGUUCUUCCUGACAGCAAUGAGUGUGGCCAGGUACUACUCUGUGGCUUCUGCGCUGAAGGUGAAAAGGAGACCCGCCGGCUGCUCCGCCAAAUGGGUGAGCGUUCUCAUCUGGGUCUCCGCUAUCGUUGCGUCUUUGCCCAACGCGAUCUUCUCAACCACAGCGACUGUCUCCAGCGAGGUCCUCUGCCUGGUGAAGUUCCCAGUCAAUAACGGCAAUGCCCAGUUUUGGCUUGGGUUGUACCAUGCCCAGAAGGUUCUGUUGGGCUUUCUGAUCCCUCUGUUCGUUAUUACUAUCUGCUAUUUGCUUCUGGUUCGUUUCAUUACGGACCGGAACAUUAGCAGCUCCAGCACCAAACGGAGAUCCAAAGUCACCAAGUCGGUGACCAUCGUGGUCCUCUCGUUUUUCCUCUGCUGGCUCCCCAACCAAGCCUUGACCACCUGGGGGAUAUUGAUCAAACUGAAUAUUGUCCAGUUCAGCUAUGAGUACUUUACUACCCAAGCCUACAUAUUCCCCAUCACUGUGUGUCUGGCUCACUCCAACAGUUGCCUCAACCCAAUCCUUUACUGCUUGAUGCGCAGGGAGUUCAGGAAAGCGCUGAAAAACCUCUUCUGGAAAAUCGCAUCGCCGUCCCUGACCAACAUGCGACCGUUCACUGCGACCACUAAACCCGAGCAGGAUGAUCACGCCCAUGGUGAGGGGCAUGGACCGUAUGCUGGCUUCCGUUGUCCAGUGCACUGAUGCCAAUGCUUGUAAGCACCAGGCUGGUAUACCUCUAACCAAUAAACCUUUUAGUCUCA